GCUUCAGAAGCUCUUCACCGCAAAACCUUAAUCUCAAAUCAAAUCAAAUCAAAUCCUCUCUCUCCGCUUCCCGAGAAAAAAUGGCACCAAAGGCAGGAAAGAAACCCGCAGAGAAGAAACCCGCCGCGGCGGAGAAGCCAGCGGAGGACGUCGUAGCGGAGAAAUCACCGGCGGAGAAGAAACCAAAAGCCGGGAAGAAGCUACCGAAAGAAGCCUCCAUCGGCGCCUCCUCCGCGACGGACAAGAAGAAGAAGCGGAGCAAGAAGAGCGUGGAGACGUACAAGAUCUACAUCUUCAAGGUGCUGAAGCAGGUCCACCCGGACAUCGGGAUCUCGAGCAAGGCCAUGGGGAUCAUGAACAGCUUCAUCAACGACAUCUUCGAGAAGCUCGCCGGGGAGGCCUCCAAGCUCGCUAGGUACAACAAGAAGCCCACGAUUACUUCCCGCGAGAUCCAGACCGCUGUGAGGCUCGUGCUCCCCGGUGAGCUCGCUAAGCACGCUGUUUCCGAAGGGACCAAGGCGGUUACUAAGUUUACUAGCUCUUGAAUUAGGGUUUCUAGAUCUGGUUUUAUGAUUUGGUUUUGUAAUUGGUUGAAGAACAUAUCAAUCUGAUGUUUUGAAUCGGUCUCUUUUGGGGAAGUAGGAAUCUCAAUGUUACGUGUUCGUGGUUUAA